AUGUUAAAUCUUUCUUACAACGAUCUGUCUGGUGAAAUUCCAGCCUCUUUUCAGCAGCUCCGAGGCUUGUCCUCCGUUGACAUAUCAUACAAUGAGUUGCAGGGUCCCAUUCCCAACUGCCAAGCAUUUCAAAAUGCUUCAAUAGAAGCAUUACGAGGGAACAAAGGUUUGUGUGGCAAUGUUAGCGGAUUGCCACCCUGCACACCUUUUUCUAGGAAGGGCCACAACGCCAAGAUCAUCUUUGCAAUUAUAUUCCCUCUAUCGGCAGUUGCUUCUCUCCCGAUUUCAUCAAUUGCUUUGUUGUUCAUCUUCAAAAAAAGGAAGAAAGAUGCGGACGAAGAAAGACAAAGCAGUGUGAAUGAUGAAAUUUUUUUGUCAACAUCUUCCUUCAAUGGAAGAAUACUAUAUGAAGAGAUCAUUAGAGCUACCAAAGAUUUCGAUGCUCAAUAUUGUAUUGGAAAUGGAGGAUAUGGAAAUGUAUACAAAGCGGAGCUGUCAUCAGGUGAUAUUGUAGCUGUGAAGAAAUUGCAUCCAUUGCAUAGUGGUGAAACGGCAGAUCAAAAGCAAUUCCUGAAUGAGGUAAGGGCAUUGAUAGAAACACGACAUCGAAAUAUUGUGAAGUUCUAUGGUUUUUGUUCAUUUGCAAAACGCUCCUUCUUGGCUUACAAGUACCUUGUAAGGGGUAGUUUGGCUUCUGUUCUAAGCAACGAUGAAGAAGCUAAGAAAUUGGACUGGAAUAAGAGGGUGAAUAUCAUAAAAGGUGUUGUUCACGCCCUCUCUUAUUUGCACCAUGACCGUUCACCACCGAUUGUUCAUCGGGACAUAACGAGCAGCAACAUUUUGCUUGAUCUAGAGUUUGAAGCUCAUGUUUCAGACUUUGGCACUGCGAAGCUUCUCAAUCCAGACUCAUCCAAUUGGACUAAUAUUGCUGGAACAUACGGAUAUCUUGCACCUGAGCUUUCCCACACAAUGAAAGUUACUGAAAAAUGCGAUGUGUAUAGUUUCGGAGUGCUGGCAUUGGAAGUGAUAGUGGGGGCAUAUCCGAGGGAUUUCCUCUCUAAUCUAUCAGUUCUAUCUCCUGGACUGCAGCUUCUGCUAAACAAUAUGCUGGAUCAAAGGCUUUCACCUCCACCGCCAGAAGUUGAGAGCAAACUCGUAAUCAUCCUGAAGGUGGCUGUUUCAUGUUUGGAUAACAAUCCAAAAUGUAGGCCAACCAUGUACACUGUUUCUCAGCUGUUGUCCGACCGAAUCUAG